UAUGGAAUUAGCUAAGCAUUUUAUUCGAACAAAUAUAGAACCGGAAUGGAUGAUUUUAUGUCUCUUACCGGUUCUGCCUCCCGAGUUGAGACCCAUCAUUCAGAUAGAAGGGGGUAAACUGAUGAGUUCAGAUAUUAAUGAACUCUAUAGAAGAGUUAUCUAUCGGAACAAUACUCUUACUGAUCUAUUAACAACAAGUAGAUCUACACCAGGGGAAUUAGUAAUGUGUCAGGAAAAAUUGGUACAAGAAGCCGUGGAUACACUUCUUGAUAAUGGAAUCCGUGGACAACCCAUGAGGGAUGGUCAUAAUAAGGUUUACAAGUCAUUUUCAGAUGUAAUUGAAGGAAAAGAGGGAAGAUUUCGCGAGACUCUGCUUGGCAAACGGGUCGAUUAUUCGGGGCGUUCGGUGAUUGUCGUUGGACCCUCACUUUCAUUACAUCGCUGUGGAUUGCCUCGCGAAAUAGCAAUAGAGCUCUUCCAGACAUUUGUAAUUCGUGGUCUAAUUAGACAACAUCUGGCUUCGAACAUAGGAGUUGCUAAGAGUCAAAUUCGUGAAAAAAAGCCGAUUGUCUGGGAAAUCCUUCAAGAAGUUAUGCAGGGGCAUCCCGUAUUACUGAAUAGAGCACCUACUCUACAUAGAUUAGGCAUACAGUCAUUCCAACCCAUUUUAGUGGAAGGACGCACUAUUUGUUUACAUCCAUUAGUUUGUAAGGGGUUCAAUGCAGACUUUGAUGGGGAUCAAAUGGCUGUUCAUGUGCCUUUAUCUUUAGAAGCUCAAGCAGAGGCUCGUUUACUUAUGUUUUCUCAUAUGAAUCUCUUAUCUCCAGCUAUUGGAGAUCCCAUUUCUGUACCGACUCAAGAUAUGCUGAUUGGACUCUAUGUAUUAACGAGCGGCACUCGUCGAGGUAUUUGUGCAAACAGAUAUAAUCCAUGUAAUCGAAAAAACUAUCAAAAUGAAAGAAUUUACGAAACAAACUAUAAGUAUAUGAAAGAACCCUUUUUUUGCAAUUCCUAUGAUGCAAUUGGAGCUUAUCGGCAGAAAAGAAUCAAUUUAGAUAGUCCUUUGUGGCUUCGGUGGCAAUUAGAUCAACGCGUUAUUGCUUCAAAAGAAGUUCCUAUCGAAGUUCACUAUGAAUCUUUUGGUAACUAUCAUGAGAUUUAUGCACACUAUCUGAUAGUAAGAAGUGUAAAAAAACAAACUUUUUGUAUAUAUUCGAACCACAGUUGGUCAUAUUUCUUUUUAUCGAGAAAUCGAGGAAGCUAUACAAGGUUUUUCUCAAGCUUGUUCAUAUGAUACCUAAUAAUAUGGUAUUCAUAAAAAAAGAAUUAUAGGACACCCGUGUGAAUUCGGACCUCUCCGAGUCAACUCGGACAUAGUUCCUGACCUAAAAAAUCAAGAUCGAGAAAAGGAAGUUUUGCAAUCAUUGACUCAAACUCAUUGUCGAAUCCCAUUCAGCAGAAUAUGGAGGUACUUAUGGCGGAACGGGCCAAUCUGGUAUUUCACAAUAAAGUGAUAGAUGGAACUGCUAUUAAACGACUUAUUAGCCGAUUAAUAGAUCACUUCGGGAUGGCAUAUACAUCACACAUCCUAGAUCAAGUAAAGACUCUGGGUUUCCAGCAAGCAACUGCUACAUCCAUUUCAUUAGGAAUUGAUGAUCUUUUAACGAUACCUUCUAAGGGCUGGCUUGUCCAAGAUGCUGAACAACAAAGUUUGAUUUUGAAAAAACACCAUCAUUAUGGGAAUGUACAUGCGGUAGAAAAAUUACGCCAAUCUAUUGAGAUAUGGUAUGCUACAAGUGAAUAUUUGCGACAGGAAAUGAAUCCUAAUUUUAGGAUGACGGACCCUUUCAAUCCAGUCCAUAUGAUGUCUUUUUCGGGAGCUAGAGGAAAUGCAUCUCAAGUACAUCAAUUAGUAGGUAUGAGAGGAUUAAUGUCGGAUCCCCAAGGACAAAUGAUUGAUUUACCUAUUCAAAGCAAUUUACGCGAAGGACUGUCUUUAACAGAAUAUAUUUUUCUUGCUAUGGAGCCCGUAAAGGAGUUGUAGAUACUGCGGUCCGCACAUCAGAUGCUGGAUAUCUUACGCGUCGACUUGUUGAAGUAGUUCAACAUAUUGUUGUACGUCGAACGGAUUGUGGCACUAUCCGAGGGAUUUCUGUGAGUCCUCGAAAUAAAAGUCGGAUGAUGUCAGAAAGAAUUUUUAUCCAAACAUUAAUUGGUCGUGUCUUAGCAGACGAUAUAUAUAUAGGUUCCCGAUGUGUCGCCUUUCGAAAUCAAGAUCUUGGGAUUGGACUUGUCAAUCGAUUCAUAACCUUUGGAACACAAUCAAUAUCUAUUCGAACUCCCUUUACUUGUCGGAGUACAUCUUGGAUCUGUCGAUUAUGUUAUGGCCGGAGUCCCACUCAUGGUGACCUAGUUGAAUUGGGGGAAGCUGUAGGUAUUAUUGCGGGUCAAUCUAUUGGCGAACCGGGGACUCAACUAACAUUAAGAACUUUUCAUACCGGUGGAGUAUUUACAGGAGGUACUGCCGAACAUGUACGAGCCCCUUAUAAUGGAAAAAUCAAAUUUAAUGAGGAUUUGGUUCAUCCUACACGUACACGUCACGGGCAUCCUGCCUUUCUAUGUUAUAUAGACUUGUCUGUAAUUAUUGAGAGCGAAGAUAUUAUACAUAGCGUGACUAUCCACCAAAAAGUUUUCUUUUAGUUCAAAAUGAUCAAUAUGUGGAAUCAGAACAAGUGAUUGCUGAGAUUCGCGAGGGAACAUCCACUUUUCAUUUUAAAGAGAGGGUUAGAAAAUAUAUUUAUUCUGACUCCGAGGGCGAAAUGCAUUGGAGUACUGAUGUAUCCCAUGCACCCGAAUUUACAUAUAGUAAUGUCCAUCUUUUACCAAAAACAAGUCAUUUAUGGAUAUUAUCAGGAGGUUCUUGUGGAUCUAGUCUAAUUCUUUUUUCGAUCCACAAAGAUCAAGAUCAAAUGAACAUACCCUUUCUUUCCGUCGAAAGAAAAUCUAUUUCUAGCCUCUCAGUGAAUAAUGAUCAAGUGAGCAAAAAAUUUUUCAGUUCAGAUUUUUCUGAUAAAAAAAAAUCUGGGAUUCCCAAUUAUUCAGAAUUGAAUGGAAUCGUAGGUACUAGUCAUUAUAAUUUCAUAUAUUCUGCUAUUUUUCAUGAGAAUUCGGAUUUAUUAGCAAAAAGGCGAAGAAAUAGAUUUCUCAUUCCAUUCCAAUCGAUUCAAGAGCAAGCGAAAGAGUUCAUACCACAUUCAGGUAUCUCGAUUGAAAUACCCAUAAAUGGUAUUUUCCGUAGAAACAGUAUUUUUGCUUUUUUUGAUGAUCCUAGAUACAGAAGAAAGAGUUCCGGAAUUCUUAAAUAUGGAACUCUAAAGGCGGACUCAAUCGUCCAAAAAGAGGAUAUGAUUGAGUAUCGAGGAGUCCAAAAAUUUAAGACAAAAUACGAAAUGAAAGUAGAUCGCUUUUUUUCAUUCCUGAGGAAGUGCAUAUUUUACCCGAAUCCUCCGCCAUAAUGGUACAGAACUAUAGUAUCAUUGGAGUCGAUACACGAAUCACUUUAAAUAUAAGAAGCCAAGUCGGCGGGUUGAUCCGAGUGGAGAGAAAAAAAAAAGGAUUGAACUCAAAAUAUUUUCGGGGGAUAUCCAUUUUCCGGACAAGACAGAUAAGAUAUCCCGACAUAGUGGCAUCUUGAUACCGCCAGGAAGGGGAAAAACAAACUCUAAAGAAUCAAAAAAUUUAAAAAAUUGGAUUUAUGCCCAACGGAUCACACCAACCAAGAAAAAGUUUUUUGUUUUGGUGCGGCCCGUAGCUACCUAUGAGAUAAUGGACAGUAUAAAUUUAGCAACACUCUUCCCACAAGAUCUCUUUCGGGAAAAGGAUAAUAUUCAACUUCGAGUUUUCAACUAUAUCCUUUAUGGAAAUGGUAAACCAACUCGAGGAAUUUCUGACACAAGUAUUCAAUUGGUUCGCACUUGUUUAGUCUUGAAUUGGGACCAAGACAACAAAAAUUCUUCCCUCGAGGAGGUCCGCGCUUUCGUUGUUGAAGUAAGUACAAAGGGUUUGAUUCGAGAUUUCAUAAGAAUUGGCUUAGUGAAAUCCCAUAUUUCGUAUAUAAGAAAAAGAAAUAAUCCGCCGGAUUCGGGAUUGAUCUCUGCAGAUUCCGUGAAUCCGUUUUAUUCGCUUUCUCCCAAGGCUGGCAUUCUUCAACAAUCGCUUAGACAAAAUCAUGGAACUAUUCGUAUGUUCAGAAAUAAGGAAUCCCAAUCUUUGUUAAUUUUAUCAUCCUCUAAUUGUUUUAGAAUCGGUCCAUUUAAUCAUGUAAAAUAUCACAAUGUUAUAAACCAAUCAAUAAAAAAAAACCUCUAAUUACAAUUCAAAAUUCGUCGGGCCCCUUAGGAACAGCCAUUCAAAUUUCGAAUUUUUAUUCAUUUUGCCUUUACUAACUUAUAAUCAGAUCUCUGUAAUUAAAUAUUUGCAACUUGAUAACUUCAAAUAUAUUUUUCAAAUAAUUCACUCUUAUUUAAUAGAUGAAAACGGAAGAAUUUUUAAUCUAGAUCCAUACAGUAACCUUGUUUUGAAUCCAUUCAAAUUGAAUUGGUAUUUUCUUCAUCAAAAUUAUAAUAAUUAUUAUUGUGAGGAAACGUCCACAAUAAUAAGUCUUGGACAAUUUUUUUGUGAAAAUCUAUGUAUAGCCAAAAAAGAACCAUACCUAAAAUCGGGUCAAGUUUUAAUUGUUCAAAGGGAUUCUGUAGUAAUAAGAUCCGCUAAGCCCUAUUUGGCUACUCCGGGAGCAAAAGUUCACGGGCAUUAUAGAGAAAUUCUUUACGAAGGGGAUACAUUAGUUACAUUUAUAUAUGAAAAAUCGAGAUCCGGUGAUAUAACCCAAGGUCUUCCAAAAGUAGAACAGGUGUUAGAAGUCCGCUCGAUUGAUUCAAUAUCACUGAACUUAGAAAAGCGGAUUAUUAAGGUUGGAACAGGUGUAUAACAAGAAUUCUUGGAAUUCCUUGGGGAUUCUUGAUUGGUGCUGAGCUAACUAUAGUGCAAAGUCGUAUUUCUUUGGUUAAUAAGAUUCAAAAGGUUUAUCGAUCCCAGGGGGUGCAGAUUCAUAAUAGGCAUAUCGAAAUUAUUGUACGUCAAAUAACAUCAAAAGUUUUGGUUUCAGAAGAGGGAAUGUCUAAUGUUUUUUUACCUGGAGAAUUGAUUGGAUUGUUACGAGCAGAACGCACGGGGCGUGCUUUAGAAGAAGCAAUCUGUUAUCGAGCCGUUUUAUUAGGAAUAACUCGAGCAUCUUUGAAUACUCAAAGUUUUAUAUCCGAAGCAAGUUUUCAAGAAACUGCUAGAGUUUUAGCAAAAGCUGCUCUUCGGGGUCGUAUCGAUUGGUUGAAAGGCCUGAAAGAAAAUGUUGUUCUAGGGGGUGUGAUCCCCGCCGGGACCGGGUUCAACAAAGGAUUGGUGCAUUGUUCACGGCAACAUACCAAUAUUCUUUUUGAAAAAAAACAAAGAAUUUAUCUUUAUUAGAGGGAGAUAUGAGAGAUAUUUUAUUUUAUCACAGGGAAUUUUGUGACUCUUCUAUUUACAAAUCUGCCUUUUCUAGAAUUGAAUAAUUCCUAAUAGCAGAUUCCUGUUUUGAAUUUCAUGUUUUAUUGUUUGCUGUAGUCAUUUGCUUUAAUAAUUUGUUAACACUAAUAAAGAUAAUAAUGAAUACAAAAUAAUGGCUCGGCUCGUGCAUAAACGGACAAGAGAAGGUUCCAUUGGAACAAAUUUUAUUUUAGUUUUGGGUACCCCCCUUUUAAGUGUGAAAAGAAAUGACAAAAAGAUAUUGGAACAUCGAUUUGGAAGAGAUGAUGAGAGCAGGAGUUCAUUUUGGGCAUGGUACUAGGAAAUGGAAUCCUAGAAUGGCACCUUAUAUUUCUGCAAAGCGUAAAGGUAUUCAUAUUAUAAAUCUGACUAGAACUGCUCGUUUUUUAUCAGAAGCUUGUGAUUUAGUUUUUGAUGCAGCAAGUAGGGGAAAACAAUUCUUAAUUGUUGGGACAAAAAAUAAAGCAGCUGAUUUAGUGUCGCGGGCUGCAAUAAGGGCUCGGUGUCAUUAUGUUAAUAAAAAGUGGCUCGGCGGCAUGUUAACAAAUUGGUCUACUACAGAAAAAAGACUUCAUAAGUUUAGGGACUUGAGAACUGAACAAAAGACAGAGGGAUUCAACCGUCUUCCGAAAAGGGAUGCAGCUGUGUUGAAGAGACAAUUAUCUCGCUUGGAAACAUAUCUAGGCGGGAUUAAAUAUAUGACGGGAUUGCCUGAUAUUGUAAUCAUCAUCGAUCAGCAAGAAGAAUAUACGGCUCUUCGAGAAUGUAUAACUUUGGGAAUUCCAACCAUUUCUUUAAUCGAUACAAAUUGUAAUCCCGAUCUCGCGGAUAUUUCUAUUCCAGCAAAUGAUGACGCUAUAGCUUCAAUUCGAUUCAUUCUUAACAAAUUAGUAUUCGCAAUUUGUGAGGGUCGUUCUAGCUAUAUACAAAAUUCUUGAUUAAUAAUAAGAUAAAUAAAUCAAUUUUUUUUGAGGGAGGGGCUCCCUGUAUUUCGAUUUAUAAAAUCGGUUACUAUUCCUGAAUCAUACAAAAGAAAAAGAGAUAAAAAACUGGGUAUAUUGUGUGAUUCGUUUAGUUGGUAUCCAAAACUAAAAUAAAAAUUCAAGUAAAUAAGUAAAAAAAAAGGGGGGGUCUUGAAUCAAAAUAAUUUAAAGUUCUUAUUUCUGUCAGAGGGCAAUAUGAAUGUUUUAUCAUGUUCCAUCAAUACACUAAUAAAAGAAGGGUUAUAUGAGAUAUCUGGUGUAGAAGUAGGCCAACAUUUCUAUUGGCAAAUAGGGGGGUUCCAAGUCCAUGCGCAAGUCCUUAUUACUUCUUGGGUUGUAAUUGCUAUCUUAUUAGGUUCCGCAGCUCUAGCGGUUCGCAAUCCACAAACCAUUCCAACUGGCGGCCAAAACUUCUUUGAAUUUGUCCUUGAAUUCAUUCGAGAUGUGAGUCAAACCCAGAUUGGAGAAGAAUACGGUCCAUGGGUUCCCUUUAUUGGAACCCUGUUUUUAUUUAUUUUUGUUUCUAACUGGUCAGGAGCCCUUUUACCGUGGAAAAUUAUCCAGUUACCUCAAGGGGAGUUAGCAGCACCAACGAAUGAUAUAAAUACGACGGUUGCUUUAGCUUUACUCACAUCAGUAGCAUAUUUUUAUGCGGGUCUUAGCAAAAAAGGAUUAGGGUAUUUCAGUAAAUACAUUCAACCAACUCCAAUUCUUUUACCCAUUAACAUCUUAGAAGAUUUUACAAAACCCCUAUCACUGAGUUUUCGACUUUUCGGAAAUAUAUUAGCCGAUGAAUUAGUAGUUGUUGUUCUUGUUUCUUUAGUACCUUUAGUGGUUCCUAUACCUGUCAUGUUCCUUGGAUUAUUUACAAGCGGGAUUCAAGCUCUCAUUUUUGCCACUUUAGCUGCGGCUUAUAUAGGUGAAUCCAUGGAGGGUCAUCAUUAACUAUUUUUUUUUUCAAAUUUAGGUUAGCCCAAUUAUCGAAUAGUUGGUUUACGUUAUGUAAGAAACACUUGUAUAUGUCAUAUUUGAUAUUGACUAGGUAUAUAUAAGUUAAAGAUCUAUAUAAUCUGCCCCACUAUUUUUGUGAAUUUCUAUUUAGAUAACGAUUCGAUUAUAAGUUCUUACUUUUUAUCUGUGAAUUGGCUGAAAAAAACGAUCAAAAAAAGAACGAAGAAUUAAAAGAAAAGAAUGGUUCACAAAAAAGAAACGGCAUAAAAAAGUCGUAUAUAUAUAUAUUAUGCAUUUUUCAAAAUCCCGUGGAUAGGAACUAAUAUCAAAGUAAUUCUUAUCAAGUUUUUGGUUAUUUUGGCUGGAUGAAUCUUAGCGAUGACUUAAUUAUAAUUAAGUCCUAAGUCGUUGGAUGAUUGUAUCAUUAACUAUUUCUUUAUUUUGGUGUGAGGAACUUAUCAUGAAUCCACUGGUUUCUGCUGCUUCGGUUAUUGCUGCUGGGUUGGCUGUUGGGCUUGCUUCUAUUGGACCUGGGGUUGGUCAAGGUACAGCUGCGGGUCAAGCUGUCGAAGGUAUCGCGAGACAACCUGAGGCAGAAGGAAAAAUACGAGGUACUUUAUUGCUUAGUUUGGCUUUUAUGGAAGCUUUAACAAUUUAUGGCCUAGUUGUAGCAUUAGCGCUUUUAUUUGCGAAUCCUUUUGUUUAAUCCUAGAAAUAAUAAAAUUAGGAAUUUUUUUUUCGUAGUUUUUUUUAUUCUAUCAAGAUUUCACUCCUACAAUUAUUCAUUGAGACAACAACCCUUGGGAAGGACUAAUUUGAGGAUGGGGAAUUAACACAUCGAUUCGCUUUCUUCCUUCCCCUUAUUCUUUUUAGUUUAAUGGAAAUUUUUUUUAAGGAGUGUUGCGCAAAAAGGAGGUUUAGGUUUUUUAAAAUUGAUAUAAAACUUGGUCUCAAAUUCUAGCUUAAUUUUAAUUAAGUCUCAUUAUUAUUAUUGAAAAUUAAAAAUUUUUGGAAAAUAAAUUUGUAAAUAGAAUAGGUUUUUGAUUCUGUUUAUAAAUAUCCAAAUAGGUAAAUUAAAUUAUAAAUUAUUAAACGAAAUUUUCUUUUUAUUCAAAAAAACAAAGAAUAAAAAAAAAAAAGGACAGAGUUCUUUUUUUUAUAGUUUAGCUAGAAGAGGAGAUUAUAUGAAAAAUUUAACCGAUUCUUUCGUUUACUUGGGUCACUGGCCAUCCGCCGGGAGUUUCGGGUUUAAUACCGAUAUUUUAGCAACAAAUCCAAUAAAUCUAAGUGUAGUAGUCUUCGGUGUAUUGAUCUUUUUGGAAAGGGAGUGUUAAAUGAUUUAUUAGAUAACCGAAAGCAGAGGAUAUUAAAUACUAUUCGAAAUUCAGAAGAACUACGUGAAGGAGCUAUUCAACAAUUAGAAAACGCCCGAGCUCGCCUGCGUAAAGUAGAAAUGGAGGCGGAUCAGUUUCGCGUAAAUGGAUACUCUGAAAUCGAACGAGAAAAAGUAAAUUUGAUUAAUUCAACUUCUAGGACUUUGAAACAAUUAGAAAAUUACAAAAACGAAACCAUUCUUUUUGAGCAACAAAGAACAAUUAAUCAAGUCCGUGAACGGGUUUUCCAACAAGCUUUACAGGGAGCUAUAGGAACCCUAAAUAGUUGUUUGAGUAAUGAGUUACAUUUACGUACUAUUAAUGCAAAUAUUGGUAUGUUUGGUACGAUGAAAGAAAUUACUGAUUAGCUCUUUCCUUACGAUUAUGAUAGGCAUUAUUUUUUUUUUUCUUCCAAAAAAGAAUUAGGACAAUACUCAUGGUAACCAUUAAAGCCGAUGAAAUUAGUAAUAUUAUCCGUGAACGUAUUGAGCAAUAUAAUAGAGAAGUGACGAUUGUAAAUACCGGUACCGUACUUCAAGUGGGCGACGGCAUCGCUCGGAUUUAUGGUCUUGAUGAAGUAAUGGCAGGUGAAUUAGUAGAAUUUGAGGAGGGUACUAUAGGUAUUGCCCUUAAUUUAGAAUCAAAUAAUGUUGGUGUUGUAUUAAUGGGUGACGGUUUGAUGAUCCAAGAAGGAAGUUCAGUCAAAGCUACGGGAAAAAUUGCUCAGAUACCCGUGAGUGAGGCUUAUUUGGGGCGUGUUAUAAACGCCUUGGCUAACCCUAUUGAUGGUCGAGGUAAGAUUUCAGCUUCUGAAUCUCGGUUAAUUGAAUCUCCUGCCCCAGGUAUUAUUUCGAGACGUUCUGUAUAUGAGCCUCUUCAAACAGGACUUAUUGCUAUUGAUUCCAUGAUCCCUAUAGGACGCGGCCAGCGGGAAUUAAUUAUUGGUGACAGACAGACCGGUAAAACAGCAGUAGCCACAGAUACAAUUCUCAAUCAACAAGGUCAAAAUGUAAUAUGUGUUUAUGUGGCUAUUGGUCAAAAAGCUUCUUCCGUGGCUCAGGUAGUGACUAGUUUACAGGAACGAGGGGCAAUGGACUACACUAUUGUGGUAGCUGAAACGGCUGAUUCCCCAGCUACGUUACAAUACCUCGCGCCUUAUACAGGAGCCAAGCUACUCAGAAUCAAUUGGCAAGAGGUCAACGAUUGCGUGAGUUACUGAAACAAUCCCAAUCAGCCCCUCUCACAGUGGAAGAACAGAUAAUGACCAUUUAUACCGGAACAAAUGGUUAUCUGGAUGGAUUAGAAAUUGGACAAGUAAGAAAAUUUCUCGUUCAGCUACGCACUUAUUAAAAAACAAAUAAACCUGAGUUCCAAGAAAUAAUAGCCUCUACCAAGACAUUAACCGCUGAAGCAGAAAGCUUUUUGAAAGAAGGUAUUAAAGAGCAACUGGAACGUUUUCUACUUCAGGAGAAAUUAUAAAAAAUAGAAAUAUAUUUAAGUUAAGUCUAUAUAUAAUAUAUAUAAGUAUAGAACUAAUAUCUGUAUAUGUUUAAUAUAAAAUCUUAAAGCAUUCAGAAUUUAUUUCUUAUUAUAUUUAUUUUUUAUAAAUUUUCUAAACAGAAUAAAAAUAUUCUUAUAAUA